CACGUCGUCCCUGAGACCGCUAAUAACCUAGGUAAGGCCAGACCAUACUUGGUUCUUUGUUACAUACAUACGUUGACCUCCAUUUGCCAAGUUUUUUGUCUUCUGUUAUUUUUACUACAUUUUUAUUCUAUUUUCUUUUACUACUCUCGAUGCUCACCGUGAGCUUCUCCCUCCCAAAUCAUCCGCCGCCAUGACAGAAACAGAAAUAGCUGUAGUUGAGUCCCCCGCCGAGGCCAUCGUCAUUCCCUCAGCGGAGCCCGUCGCCGCCGAUGCACCUCCGGCCGAGCCCAUCGAAAAGAGCCUCAACUCCAACUCCAACUCCAACAUCAACACCACAAGCAACAAUAAAAACAAAAAUGUCGCACAAAACUCUAGUCCUCUCGCGCGACUCCUCAAGUCGCCGUCUGCCAUAGAUGACUUCGUCGAACAUCUCAACCGCGUCAUUCAGACGCGAAGAGGCACAGAUACUGUCCUCCUCUUCACAACUUAUGCCGCUCGCUUGAUCGGUGCUAUUCUCAACAUUCUGGGUCGUACUACGCUUCGUCACUCCGCUCGCAAGGUCGUCGAGAUGGCUUUCAAGCUCCCGCCCUCGACCUCCGUCGUCCUUUCUACCGCGACUGCGCCGCCACUUGCGACUCUAGCCCUCAAUCUGUCCAAGUACAUCCAGGGCUUCACCAACAUGUUGGGUGAGUGGCGCACUAUGAACCGUAUGUGGGGUAUAAUCGGCACAUAUCUAGAGGCCAAGGAUCUGAUCCUUCGUCUACGUGGUCAAAAACUCGACGCGAAUGGCGAAAAGGUGCCUGCUCCCAACCGAGUCAACACUGCUUUCAUGACUGUGCAGAUCAUUUGCAACUUGGUCUACAACGUCGGCGAAGGCGCUUGCUGGCUGACCUGUAAGGGCGCUACCAACCUUUCGCCAAAGACCAGCGCCAAGCUAGGUAUCAUGGCUGCUCGCUCAUGGUGCGCGUGGGUCGCCCUCGAGCUCGUCCGUUUGCUGGUUGAACGUGCGCGUCGAACAACAAGCGGCGAUGUCGCCACUGAAGAGGAGUGGAAGAACAACUGGAAGGCCGAGGUCCUCGGUACACUUCCAUGGAUGCCUCUGUCGGCUCACUGGAGCACCGAAGAAGGGCUUAUGCCAGAGCUUAUGGUCGCGGCUAUUGCUACAUGGCCCGCUACCAACAUGAUGAAGAGUGUGUGGCGCCAGACAGCUUAGAGGGAUAUGAGACUCAGGGCUGCUAGCAAGUUGCCUUGGAGCUGCCCAACAUUUAAAUCGCUUUUGUACUACUGGAUAUACAGGGAUUUACUUGUUAGGACCACGAGCCUCGAGGUGCAUGCAUUGCAGAGUUCACAUCUAGAAACACGGCAUUGAUUCAUACCACCCCUCCAUCAAGGCAUGGGGCACAGAGACUUUCGAAGUAGGAAGGAUAUAAUAUUUUAAUAAUAUUAUAACUAGUAGUCCUCCUGGCUACUACUUAUUAAACUAAAGAGGUUGUAUAUAUAUUAUAAAAUAAAAUUAAGAUUUAUAGUA